GAGCUUCGAUAUGCUACCAAUUUUCUUCCUGCUAUUUGUCAGUCCCGCUGUUGGACUACAGUGCUUGCAUAGCAUUUGUUCUAUGGAUGAAACAGAAGUGGGAAAAUGUCGUUCUUCUCAUCCUCAAGAUGGAGUAAAGGCAGACUGUUCACAAGGGUCUCGUUGCGGACUGAAAAUAAGAAUCACAAAUCAAACAAAUGGAGUUCAUGACUUUCACUACGACCACGCUAAACCUACUUCGAACCCGGAGGCUACAGUUGGUACUUUUGCAAUAGCAAAUAUGGAAAUAGUGAGUACGUAUCGCGUAUUCUACGAGAGACUCUGUGUAAAUGACCCGAGCCAUUGCCACGAGAAAUGGGACUGCAAUAUUACAAUGAACGGGGAGAGAGACUGCCGUCAAACGAGCUGCUGUAGCACACCACUUUGCAACGGAAAUCCUUUUGUUCUCGACAAUUCGCUCCUCGGUCGGUUCGUCAACGGAGAUAAUUUGGAUGAGAACGCGACAGUGCCUACUGUGAGUGGUCGCUUCGGUCGUACAGCCGACGUUCAACAUUUGACGCCAUCGAAAAGCGGCGAUAUCAACGGUGAUAACUCGACAGCGUCUACCGUGAGUGGUCGCUUCGCUCGCACAACUGUCGUUCAAGAUUUGACGCCAUCGAAAAGUGGUGAUAUCAACAGAUCUAGUGCUCUUGUCUAUGUGUCUGAUAGUCUAGCUAUUGCACUUUUGUUGUCUAUGCAACUUCUGCUAAUUAGGUAAUUAAUGAAUAUAAAGUUGUGAGACUCUUUAUCAAUAAUCUAAAACUGCAACUUUGCUACUUUUUGAUUACUGACCGACUUUGCUCUAUCAUAUCUCUUACAUAAAUUAUUCUAAUUGAGCACCAAUGUUUUAUUUCUUUGUAUACAAAUACUGGAGUGUGUAUUUUGCG